AUGUCGAGUCGCUCACCGCUUCCAACUACUGUAGAUCCAAGGAUCAGCCAAGAUACAAGCAAACCAAGGGGUGCCAAUCGAAGUACCAAAGGGGCUCACAAGUUAAAGGUUUUACCCGAACAACCAGACCCGGCCACUCAGUCUCGCAUUGGUUCCGAUGAAGACGGGGAUGAAGACGAUGAAGAGGCUCGCUUGAUAGGGAAGACUAGCGAUGGUGAUGCCGACGCAGAUGAUGAAGACGCGGAGGUUUACAAGCAAAUUGCCCAAAUUCCGGCCGGAACUGCUAGAAAAGACGCUCGUAAAUUAACUAAGAAGGAAAAGUCCAAACUACCCCGAGUUACUGCCUACUGCACUGCACAAUCUUAUAAGAUGGAUGACUUAAUGAAGUUUUUUCUCGCCCGAAAAUCUGCUUAUCAUACCGCACCUCAGCUAUUUGACGAAGUCUUGUAUACUCCCUAUUCUUACGAUUCCAAAUCCCCAACUGAACAGUAUCGGCACAAGCCUGUGACAUCCGAAGGCGAUCUUCUUGGAGUUCCCGAGCUUGCCCCAGCGACAACUUGA